UAAAAUCCUUCAUAAUAAUUAUCUGUCAACUCAACCAAGACAAUACAUGAUUGGAAUAAAAUAAUGAAGCAUAGUAAUUCCUUUACUUUUUCUCCCUUAUUUUUUUUAAAAAAAUAAAAAAAUAUAUUUUAAUAAUCUCAACUUUAGCCAAUUUUCAUUAAAUAAUCACAACUUUGACAGUUUUCUACAAUUUAAAUAAUCCCAAAUUUCGAUUAUUUUGGAAUAAUCUUAACUUUAGGGGGUAUUGGCUUUUAUCAGGCACAAGUGACCGAUAACUUGUUAAAUAUGUAAUUUAUUUUUAUUUUUUUUUUGUUUUCCUUCCCUUUGGUCAACUCCCAACCACCACCCCUUUGACCUCCCUCCAAGCCACCAGCUACCACCUCCCCCUCUUUCCUAUCCCCUUUCCCAGCCACCUCCGUAACUGGCACCUUCGAAAUUGGCCACCUUUUCCCCUCUCCACCCCUCCCUUGAAACCGAAAAAUGCCCACCCAUGAAACCCUCACCCCCCUUGAAAAACCCCAAAACAAAGCACCCCAUUACCGGAAAACCCAAAAUGAACCCACCCACCAUCGAAAAUCCUCCACCACCACAAAGAAAAAGGAGGGAAAAAAAAAGGGAGGAAAUUGGGGUAGCAAUGUCAAGGUGGGUGUUGGAAUGGUUGUGGGUGAUUGAUGGGGGAUCGCGGCUAGGGGGAGGGGUGACAGAGGUAAGGGGAGGGUGGAAGGGUUAGGGAAAGAAUGGUUGGCAGCGGUGCGGCUGGGAGGGUCGGGGCUUAUUUGACUUUUUUUUUUUUUAAUUUUUUUUAGCAAUCACGUGUUGACAAGUAUAUAUGCAACUUGUUAUAACAAGUUGAUGACCAAUUGAACUUGUUAUAAUAAGUUGAUGACCAAUUAAGCCUAAUAAAUGACAACGCACCCUAAAAUUGGAAUUCUUCAUUAAAAUUAUGGCGAAUCAUGAGGUUAUCCUUGGGAAAAAUCAUGGAAUGGAUUUAGGUCAUGACAGGCAGCUGGUCCUUGCCCAUAAUCAUUCCCUAGGUCAUGAACAUGAACUGGGUUUAGGAGAAAGGCAUGAGCCAGAACUAGGUUUAGAAAAUGCCCACAACCAUGAUGAAUUGGCUUUGGAACAGAGCCAUGAACAUGAAUCGAGUGAUGGGCAUCAUUAUGAGCAAAGCAAUGACUUUCAUAUGGAACAUAAACCUAAUAAUGAAAGCCAUGAAUUUUCUUCGCAGAACAAUGAUUUAGGUAUGGUAGAGCACAAUGAGCUGACUGUUUCCGGCAAUCAAGACCUUGAUGAGGAUUUAGAGUUAGAUAUUGAUCAAAACCAUGAAAUGGGAAUUGAAGCUAUUGAUGACAUGGGUGUUCAGGAGCCAGAAUAUGUACUUAGUCAUAUUAUUCAGGCCCGUUCUUUGGUUGUUAGCCCUAGCCAUGAGAUUCGUGUAGGGCAGGAAUUUCCAGAUGUCAAGAGUUGUCGCAGAGCUUUAAGGGACAUGGCAAUUGCUCUACACUUUGAAAUGCAGACCAUAAAAUCUGAUAAAACUCGCUUUACUGCCAAAUGUGCUGCUGAAGGAUGCCCCUGGCGUGUGCAUGCUGCAAAGCUUCCUGGGGCACCUACUUUCACAAUUAGGACCCUUUAUGAGCUCCAUACCUGCAACGGCAUAGGUCAUCUAGGCCACCAGCAAGCAUCAGUUCAGUGGGUGGCUAAUUCUGUCGAACAACGUUUGAGAGAGAAUCCUAACUGCAAGCCUAAGGAGAUACUAGAAGAGAUCCAUCGGGUACAUGGGAUCACCUUGUCAUACAAGCAGGCCUGGCGGGGAAAGGAGCGUAUCAUGGCAGCUAUGCGUGGAUCCUUUGAAGAAGGUUAUCGGCUUCUGCCACAAUAUUGCGAGCAAAUUAAACGCACAAACCCUGGCAGUAUUGCUUCUGUUUACGCUAGUCCAGAAGAUGGCUGCUUCCAGCGGCUCUUUAUAUCAUUCCACGCAUCUAUAUAUGGUUUCCUAAAUGCUUGUCGACCACUUCUUGGUCUGGAUAGGACCUAUUUGAAAAGCAAGUACUUGGGAACUUUGUUGUUGGCCACUGGUUUCGAUGGGGAUGGUGCUCUCUUUCAUUUGGCAUUUGGUGUAGUUGACGAGGAAAAUGAUGAGAACUGGAUGUGGUUUCUAUCAGAACUCCACAAUUUGCUUGAGACUAAUACUGAAAAUAUGCCAAGGCUUACCAUUUUGUCAGACAGGCACAAGGGUAUUGUUGAUGGAGUGGAAGCAAAUUUUCCUACUGCUUUUCAUGGAUUUUGCAUGCGUCAUUUAAGUGAAAGCUUUCGGAAGGAGUUUAAUAACACAAUGGUCGUCAACCUUUUAUGGGAAGCUGCUCAAGCUCUUACCAUAAUUGAAUUUGAGGCGAAAGUUUUGGAAAUAGAGGAGAUGUCACAAGAUGCUGCAUUUUGGAUUAGAAGAAUUCCACCCCGCUUGUGGGCUACAGCAUAUUUUGAGGGGACACGAUUUGGGCAUCUGACUGCAAAUAUAGUUGAAUCUCUAAAUAUUUGGCUUCUUGAAGCUUCCGGGCUCCCAAUCAUUCAAAUGAUGGAGAGCAUACGGAGGCAGCUAAUGACUUGGUUUAAUGAACGCCGUGAGACCAGCAUGCAGUGGACAUCGAUACUCGUUCCUACUGCUGAAAGGCGUGUUGAUGAGGCAAUUGAGCAUGCUCGCUCUUUCCAAGUUCUUCGUGCAAAUGAGGCAGAGUUUGAAGUUAUAACAAAUGAAGGAUCAAAUUUUGUGGAUAUUCGAAAUCGUUGCUGUCUUUGCAGGGGAUGGCAGCUGUAUGGUCUACCGUGUGCCCAUGCUGUGUCUGCCCUACUUUCCUGCAGGCAGAAUGUACAUCGCUUUACAGAAAGUUGUUUCACCGUUGCAACUUAUCGGAAGGCAUACUCACAGACUAUACAUCCAAUUCCAGACAAGUCAUUGUGGAAAGAGUUGUCUGAAGAGGACUCGGAUGCUACCAGAUCUGAUGGGCCUAUAAUUAACCCUGCUACCAAAUCUGAUGGGACUAUCAUUAACCCUGCUACCAAAUCUGAUGGGACUAUCAUUAACCCACCCAAGUCUCUUCGCCCUCCUGGAAGACCUAGAAAAAAAAGAGUUCGAGCUGAAGAUCGUGGCCGUGUUAAACGGAUUGUGCAUUGUAGUCGUUGCAAUCAGACAGGUCAUUUCAGAACUACUUGUGCCGCACCUAUAUGAAUUUUUAUCUGAAGAUUGGCAAAUUGGGCGGUGAUUAUUAUGUAUUUCCAUAUAUUAGUUAAAUAGAAACUUCAAGUUUCUUGUAAGCCUUAUAUUUAUUUUAUGCAACAUUCUAGUUAGUUAGAAUAGCUUGUCUAUAUUGGUCUCUUACCUAUUAUUAUAAGGAAAAUAUGUGAACAAAGCAUUAGCUGCUAUAUACCUAUUCAUAACGAAUAAUACAAUUACUGUGGAAGAGCUUAUUCA